AUGGAUUGGGACAGUCUCUUCUUUAACACAGCAACCUUGAUCCUUGGGGUCUUCGUCCUUGACUAUGGUGCAGACAAAUUCAUUGAUCACACUGUGAUUGUAGGACAGCGACUGGGCAUCUCUCCAACUCUUAUUGCCCUUUUGACUGCUGGAGCUGAAUAUGAAGAGCUCGUUGUUGUUGUCGCUGCAAUCCUACAAGGUCGCACCCCUUAA